UUUUGCCGCCAUGUCAAAGGAGUUCGAUCCAGGAAUCAUAAAGAAACUCGAUGAAGUUGUUGUUAAUCGCAUUGCCGCUGGUGAGAUUAUCCAACGUCCAGCCAAUGCCCUGAAAGAACUGCUGGAAAACAGUUUGGAUGCCAAAUCAUCACAAAUCCAAGUACAGGUUAAAGCUGGUGGCCUAAAGUUACUGCAAAUCCAAGACAAUGGGACAGGAAUACGUAAGGAUGAUUUGGGCAUAGUCUGUGAACGUUUCACAACCUCCAAGUUGUGCAAAUUUGAAGAUCUAACCCAGAUAGCCACAUUUGGGUUCCGUGGCGAAGCUUUGGCUAGCAUCAGCCAUGUCGCCCAUAUGCAAAUCCAGACCAAAACAAAACAGGAACCAUGCGGCUACAAGGCCAGCUAUGCGGAUGGAAAACUGCAAGGAGCGCCCAAGCCUUGUGCUGGAAAUCAGGGAACUAUUAUCACCAUUGAGGACUUGUUCUAUAGUAUGCCACAGCGAAGACAGGCUCUAAAAUCUCCGGCCGAAGAGUUUCAGAAACUCUCCGAUGUAGUAUCCAAAUAUGCUGUACACAAUCCCCAUGUGGGAUUCACGCUUAAGAAACAGGGUGAAGCCCAGCCCGCUCUCAAGACUCCGGUUAAUAGCUCAAGGAAAGAAAAUAUACGAAUAAUUUAUGGUUCUGCCAUAUCCAAAGAGUUGCUGGAGUUGACCUAUAAAGAUGAUACAUUUAAAUUUCAAAUGGAUGCACUGCUUACCCAGGUUAACUAUUCCGCCAAGAAAGGGGUCAUGUUGUUAUUCAUUAAUCAACGGCUCGUGGAGUCACCAGCUCUGAAAUCAUCUCUGGAUGGUAUUUACUCUACGUAUUUGCCACGAGGCCAGCAUCCGUUUAUCUAUAUGAGUCUACAGUUGCCGCCUCAAAAUCUUGAUGUCAAUGUGCAUCCCACCAAGCAUGAGGUUCAUUUUCUAUACCAAGAUGAGAUCAUUGAACGCAUCAAGGAGCAAGUUGAGGCCCAAUUAUUGGGCAGUAAUGCCACUAGAACCUUUUACAAACAACUUAAGUUACCGGGAGCAUCGGAUGUUUUAGAUGAAACACAAGCGAGUGAUAAAACUCGUCUUUAUCCCAAAGAUUUCAUAAGAACCGAUUCACAAGAGCAGAAAUUGGACAAGUUUCUGGCUCCACUUAAGCAAUCCGAUUCGGGUUUGUCCUCUGCAUCUGCAAAUAGCACUUCAUCUGGCAGUGAGGUUAAUGCCUCGCAAGAUGAAAGUUUCCGUGCGGUGGCUGCCCGCAAAUCCAAGGAAGUUCGCCUAAGCAGUGUCCUAGAUAUGCAACAAAAAGUGGAACGAUCCUGCAAUGUUCGUUUGCGAAGCAUCCUAAAACAACUCGUCUAUGUGGGAUGUGUGGAUGAGAGUCGUGCCCUCUUUCAGCAUGAGACCCAGCUCUAUAUGUGCAAUACUCGUCUAUUUAGUGAGGAAUUGUUCUACCAGCGUUUGGUCUAUGAGUUUCAGAAUUGUCCAGAGAUUUGCUUGCAACCAGCUUUACCUCUGCAAGAUCUCUUGGUCAUUGCAAUGGACAGCGAAGCUGCUGGUUGGACACCAGAAGAUGGUGAUAAACUAGAACUAGCAUCCAGUGCUGCCGCUAUACUUGAGCAAAAGGCUCCCAUAAUGCGAGAAUACUUCUCAUUACGCAUUUCUCAGAAUGACAAUGGAUCUGUGGUUCUCGAAUCCCUUCCUGCCUUGCUGGCCAAACAUAUGCCGAGUAUCACACAAUUGCCACUUUAUUUGCUGCGUCUGGCCACCGAGGUAGAAUGGGAACAGGAGGCACAAUGCUUUGAAAGUUUCUGUCGCGAAACAGCUCGCUAUUACAGUCAAUUGGAUUGGCAGGAUGAGGAUAAUGGAUUGCAACAGAAAUGGUAUAUGGAACAUGUACUAUUUCCAGCCUUUAAGAAAUAUUUACUACCACCGGCUAGACUUAAAAAACAGAUCUUUGAGUUGACGAAUUUAUCUUCACUUUAUAAGGUCUUUGAGCGAUGCUAA